UGUUGCUUGAAAAAAAAAAGCCAUUCUUUCUAUUAUUGCUAUUGCAUAGUAUGAAGCAAGGCUUAUGUAUGUGAGAGAGCAACAUAUCCCCUAUAACCCUUGCAUACACAGUCACACCAGCUUUUUUUUCUCUUUUUCUUCUCUUACCCACUUUUACCUUAAAAGGGUAUUAUUACUGAUGGACCAAGACAAUAAUCAGCCUAUUACACCAUCUGACUUAUCAAGCGAUUCAUCCUCUAUAAACAAGAGAUUGGUUUUGGAAGAUGAAGUUCAGACUGAAACUCAAGAUGAUCGUGUCAUCAAAAAGUCUAAAGUAAGCCAAGAUGAAGAAUCCAGCAUGCACUUUUAUGAUCUUGAAGAAUACAAUGAAGAAUCUGAUCGGGAUUGGGUUGAAGGACAAGAAGAAGAAGAAGAAGAGAGCGACACGGACAGUAUUGAAAGUCUGUUAGCUCAUCCUGCACUAUUUAGAGAUGAUGAUAGUCUAGUGGAUGUAGAUAAUAUAGAAGAAGAAGAAAUUCAGAAAGCUUGGACUAGUUUUACAGAUGAAGAAAUGGAACAACUACGUGAAGAGGCUAGAGAAAUAGGCUUGAUGAAGUUUCUUGAAAAGCAUGUCUUGCAAACAUCCACUCCAGUGCCCAAAAUGCUGGAAGUGUUUGGACUUUACAUGCAUCCGAGGGCGGCUUUAUUAGCUUCAGAUAUUGAACUACUUCCUAUAUUGAAGAGUAUCAUUACACGAUUCCUGCGAAAGAGAAGACGAUUGGACUAUGUCAACGUACUUGAUGACGUAGUUGACCUCUUAUCCAAGGCAAAUAACAUCAUGAUCGUCACGGGUGCUGGUGUGUCUGUAUCAUGUGGCAUACCUGAUUUCAGAUCUGAAACAGGCAUUUACUCCCGACUACAGGAAUACGAACUUGAUGAUCCACAGCAAAUGUUUGACAUUGAAUACUUUCGUGAGACUCCAGAGAUCUUUUAUUCGUUUGCUAAGGAACUUUAUCCUGCCAAUUACGAGCCUAGUCCAAGUCAUUUAUUUGUCAAGCUCGUUGAAGACAAGGGCAAGUUGCUUAGGAACUAUACGCAGAACAUAGACACUUUGGAGCACAAAGCUGAUAUUAAGCGCGUUGUCAACUGCCAUGGUAGUUUUGCAACUGCAUCUUGUGUGACGUGUGGAUAUAAAGUGGAUGGGAAAGAAAUCGAAAGCUAUAUAAUAGCACAGCAAGUACCGCCAUGUCCAAAAUGUGGAGUCAAGGAAGGUACGAAUGAAGAAGAAGAAGGACCAAGAGGUGUAUCGAUUAUGAAACCAGAUAUUACUUUCUUUGGAGAAAGACUGCCUUCAGAGUUUGAUAACUUAUUAGCUCUUGAUACUCAACAUGUGGACUUGUUGAUCGUCAUGGGUUCAUCACUCAAAGUGUCUCCUGUGUCAGAGAUCAUGCAGCAAAUACCUCAUAGUGUCCCUCAGAUCCUGAUUAAUCGUACACCUAUCACGCAUAUGACAUUUGAUAUACAAUUGCUUGGUGAUUGUGAUAUCAUUGUCCCUGAAAUAUGUCGUAGACUAAAUUGGGAGCUAAAACAUCACAAGUUACCUGGAGGAAGUGCAUUAAGUGAAGAAAGUAUAAAAUAUAGUCAAGAGAAUCCAUGCAAGUUUUGGAGAAAUGGAUUGUAUACAUUUCCUGGAGCUGUUGUUGAUGCCAAGUUUUUAAAUAGUCAAAGGUAUUUGUUAUUCAUAUUCUUAUUGUUGUACUGACUUUAUUUCCCUCUAGUGCACAUACUGAUAACGAAGAAGAAGAAGAAGAACCUCAAAAUGAUGAAGAACAAAAAGAGCAAUAAUAACAAUAUUAAUAAUAAAAAAUGAUGUAUUAUAUUUGGAAACUAUAUUGGCGUCAUAGCAAGCCUCGUGACACUUGAAAUUCUCUUUCCUGAAAUACGCUGCAUAAUGGCAUAACUUUGGUGCCUGUGUCCUUUUUUUUUCUUUACUUUUAAUAUUUUAUAUGCAACCUUACGACGAUAGAUUAACAUUUCUAUUACCUCGACCUACUUGGGUUAAUGAUAUGGAUGUAUCCUUUUGUUACUUAUGCAACACUGCAUUUGGACCUUUGCGUAGACGAGUAAUGAUCUUUUUUAUUUUAUCUGGCCAUGUUCACUAAUUACGUUGCAUUAGCAUCACUGUCGAAACU